AUCGUCCACUUCCUCGCCCCCAUAAAACCCUAGAAAGAGAGCUUCUCCAUUCCCCAAACCCGGCGGCGAAGAUGAAGUACAACCCAAGAGUCACCUCCUCCCGCAGGAAGAACCGUAAGGCUCAUUUCACCGCAUCAUCGAGCGAGAGGCGCGUCAUCAUGAGCUCACCUCUCUCCACCGACCUCCGCGCCAAGUACAACGUCAGAUCCAUGCCUAUCCGCAAGGACGACGAGGUUCAGAUCGUUCGCGGUACCUACAAGGGACGUGAGGGAAAGGUUGUCCAGGUGUACCGUCGCAAGUGGGUGAUUCACAUCGAGAGGAUCACGAGGGAGAAGGUGAACGGAACCACCGUGAAUGUCGGAGUUCAGCCGUCGAAAGUGGUGAUUACGAAGCUCCGUCUCGAUAAGGACAGGAAGUCGCUUUUGGAGAGGAAGGCCAAGGGACGUGCUGCCGCGGAUAAGGACAAGGGUACUAAGUUCACUGCUGAGGAUGUUAUGCAGAACGUUGAUUAAAACAAAGAGUUGAUUUGAGUAAGGUGUUUUGUCUUUUAAGUUUAAAUCAUAAGCAAGUACUUUUGUGUUUUAAAUUUUGUUUUGUCGGACAUGAGUACGUUUCAUUUCAAUUUGGAUUAUGAGUUUGACUC